UGGUGAGAGAGCUGGCCAGAAGCACCUGUGCUCCAGGGGUAAGACUGCAGGAUGAAGGCUGCAGAGAGUGAGAUCCCAGAUGCUCACUUCACUGUAGAUAAACAGAACAUCUCCCUCUGGCCCCGAGAGCCUCCUCCCAAGAUGGGUUCGUCUCCAGUUCUGAGGAAACCUUGCACAGUCCGUGCUGCCUUCGUCAUCCUGACGCUGGUCCUGCUCGCCUCUGUCGUGCUGCAGGCCAUUCUCUAUCCCUGGUUUAUGGGCACACUAUCGGAUGUAAAGACCAAUGCCCAGUUGCUGAAAGGUCGUGUGGACAACAUCAGCACCCUGAGUUCUGAAAUUGAGAGGAAUAGAGGCGGCGUGAAGGCAGCUGGCAUUCAGGUCCAGAUGGUGAAUGCUAGCCUGGAUCAUGUGCAUUCUCAGAUCCGGAGGCUGGAAACUGAUGUGAAGGCAGCCAAUGCACAGAUCCAGAUGUUAACAACAAGUUGGGAGGAAGUCUACAGUUUAAAUGCCCAGAUUCCAGAAUUAAAAAGAGAUUUGGAUAAAGCCAGCGCAUUAAAUGUAAAGGUUCGAGGACUCCAGAGCAAUUUGGAGAAUAUCAGCAAGUUACUCAAAAAGCAAAAUGACAUCCUACAGAUGGUUUCUCAAGGCUGGAAGUACUUCAAGGAGAACUUCUAUUACUUUUCUCAUGUCUCAAAGACCUGGUACAGCGCCCAGCAGUUCUGCGUGUCCAGGAAUUCACACCUGACCUCAGUGACCUCAGACAGUGAGCAGGAGUUUCUGUACAAGACAGCAGGCGGACGUUUCUUCUGGAUCGGCCUGACCAAAGCAGGGACUGAUGGGGACUGGUACUGGGUGGAUGACACUCCAUUCAACAAGGUCCAGAGUAUGAAGUUCUGGAUUCCAGGUGAGCCCAACAAUGUUGGGAACAAUGAACACUGUGUCAAUUUAAAGAUGUCCUCACUUCAGUCAUGGAAUGAUGCCUCCUGUGACCAUCAGCUCCUUUUCAUCUGUAAACGUCACUAUAUUCCAUCAGAACCAUGACAGGACUGGCCCCCAAGCUGGCACGUUGAGCCUCAGCGCUUGUCCCAACUCAAGGAAGUGCCACUCGUCCUCCACACUCCAAGGUGACUUUGCACCUUAACUUUCCUUGCUUCAAAAGUGUCCCAAAUGCACCUGGAGUCCAUCUGCCUUGGCUGGAAGCUCUUCAACCCCAUAGAGGCAGCUGGAAUGAAAAGAUCUUGGGUUAAAAUGGGAGGGGAUGGUGGAGAAGAUUUAGAAAUUCAAACUGCCUCAUUAGAUGGAUCAGGACCAUAAUUUGGGGCACACCCUGGAGUUUUGCCAAGAUCUGGGUGCCGCUGCUUUUGGAGUGUUGCUGCUGCUUCCUGGCUGAGCUAGGUAAUGUGUGUGCACACCUGCAUACCUAGUUAUUUUUUGAAAAAAGUAUAAUGCCUGCAAUAUGGUGACAAGACUUGAGGGAGGUCAGAGUAGAGGCAGGGAGAGCCGUUGGAAGAUAAUUGAGUCCCUUCAGAGAAGCCUCACAUGAGAGCUGCUUCAGAUGCCCACGCAAUUCUUCUGCUACUGAUAGCCAGCAGUUUUCCAGUGGAUCCCCCAAAUUCCCAGUUGCCUGCUUAGAUGGCCGUGUUCUUUGGGAAGACUCUGCUCUUGGGGAUCCUGUCCAUGCCAUGGCCCCAUCAUCCUCUUCAUCGACAUCCUCUGAGGUCUGAACCCCUUCUUCCCUGGGACAGGCUCAACUGGUUCAGAUCAGGGGUUGACAUGGAGACACGUUUCCUUUAGAGCUGGACCAGCAUCGGGUGGUCCUUUCCGUCCCCCUCACUCGGUAAACUCUGAGGCCCUCUGCUCACCAUCCUGCACCUCCUCUUUCUUCUGCAUUUCCUCGCUUCACAUGCAAAGGAAGUGGCCCUCCGUACCUGAAGAGUUCACCUCCAAGCUUCAUUGGAAUAAAAUGCUGCCUGGG